GGCGGCAGUGGGAGGGCGGGCGGGCGGGGAGGCGGAGAGGACACACCAGGCGCAGCGCGGCGGCAACAACAGCGGCGGCGGCGGCAACAGCGGAGAGACACCGGCGGCGGCUCCUCGGAAGCGGCAGCCUCGCCAGCAGCGCCCGCCCGCCCGCUCCCCUCCCACCCUCCCUCCCCCGCCGCGGAGACAGGGGGCAGCGCCGAGGAGAGGAGCCGGGCGCAGCGUGUGUGUGCGCGGGAGGAGGAGGAGGAGGAGGGGGACACAUCGAGGACUGCACCGGCCGAGGGCGCACGGAGCAGGGAAGCGGCCCCGGCGGCACCGAGAGGAGGCGGCGGCGGGUCCUUGUGCCCGGGGAGGAGGGCGCAGCCCGCGAGGGGGUUUCUAUCGAGUUUCCUCUUUUUUCGGUCCCUCGGACUCGGCGGCGGGCUCGCGUUUGUCUCCGGAUUUGAAUCCUCCUCCUUCUCCUCCUUCCUCGGGGAAGCUCCCCUCCCCGCCCCCUCCCCUCCCCCACCACCUCCCUGCCCGCCCGGAUCCAGCCGGGCGCCCCGUGCCGCGGUCGCGUUGCUCGGCGGAGCUGGUGCGGGCGCUCGCCGUCUCUGCGCGGGUUUGGAAUAUGGUGGGGGAAAUGGAAACCAAGGAGAAGCCGAAGCCGAGCCCCGAUUACCUGAUGCAGCUCAUGAACGACAAGAAGCUGAUGAGCAGCCUCCCCAACUUCUGUGGGAUCUUCAACCACCUCGAGAGGCUGCUGGACGAAGAAAUUAGCAGAGUACGGAAAGACAUGUAUAAUGACACGUUAAAUGGUAGUACGGAGAAGAGAAGUGCAGAAUUACCAGAUGCUGUGGGACCUAUUGUACAGUUACAAGAGAAACUAUAUGUGCCUGUAAAAGAAUAUCCAGAUUUUAACUUUGUUGGAAGAAUUCUUGGACCCAGAGGACUAACAGCUAAACAGCUUGAGGCAGAAACAGGAUGCAAGAUAAUGGUCCGAGGGAAGGGCUCAAUGAGGGACAAAAAGAAGGAAGAACAGAACCGAGGCAAGCCCAACUGGGAACACCUGAAUGAAGAUUUACAUGUACUUAUCACUGUGGAGGAUGCUCAAAACAGAGCGGAAAUAAAACUGAAGAGGGCUGUUGAAGAAGUUAAAAAGUUACUGAUACCUGCAGCAGAAGGAGAAGACAGCCUUAAAAAGAUGCAGCUGAUGGAGCUUGCAAUUCUGAAUGGCACCUACAGAGAUGCCAACAUCAAAUCACCAGCCCUUGCCUUUUCUCUUGCAGCAACAGCCCAGGCUCCAAGGAUUAUUACUGGGCCUGCGCCUGUUCUCCCACCAGCUGCCCUGCGUACCCCUACGCCAGCUGGCCCUACCAUAAUGCCUUUGAUCAGACAAAUACAAACCGCUGUCAUGCCAAACGGAACUCCUCAUCCGACCGCUGCAAUAGUUCCACCAGGACCUGAAGCUGGUUUAAUUUACACACCAUACGAAUACCCCUACACGCUGGCACCAGCUACGUCAAUCCUUGAGUAUCCUAUUGAACCUAGUGGUGUAUUAGGUAUGGCUUUCCCAACGAAAGGCUAAGAAUUCAAGAACGGUCUUAACUGAUCCUUCAUCAGAUCUGAAUUUUAACAAAUGCUUAGUUUCAGCAGCCUUGAAAAAAGCUUGGCCUAGCAGUCAGUGACUUACUUGCACUUUUUUGCACAUAGUUAUAAAAUAAAAUAGUGCUAUUAAUUUGGAUUAGCCCCUAUUAUUACAGAGUAGCUGUAAUUUAUGAGUGUAUAGUAGUAUACUGACUGCUAAGUGUUUUAUAUAGUGUUUGCUUUACUAAUCACCUAAUUCAUUGCAGUUCAUACUUACUGACUUAAAAUUUAAAAUCACAAUCUGUAGGCUUGAAGAAUUGCUUUAAAACUUUAUUUGUGGUAGAACUGGAAGUGAUCUUAAGGUUAGGAAAUAAUUGUCAGUAUUAAAAAAUGGCAUUAUUUAAAAUAGUCCUGCUGCAAGAAAGGCACUUCAGUGAAUAUGUGACUAGUAAAGCUUAAAUGUGCUUGGGUCUAAUAGAUUUCAUGAAAUACUGUAAUUUUGGGAUUGUAAAUGAAUGGAUUAAACAGGUUAAGGCCAGGAUGUUUAAAAUAAAUGCAAUAUUAAUCUGCACAGACAAACUUCUUAUUAAGGUUAAGAUUUGAAACUACUGUGCCUUAACUUGUUGCUUUUCUUAAAAUGAACUUUUGUAGUUAAUGAUCAUUUAAAUCCAUUUUGAUAAACCUGCUGUUAAUGUUUUCUAUGAAUGUUUUCUAACUUUGUCUUGGUAAUUGCAAUUUAACUAGGUGCGGUGGCUACUAAAGUUCGAAGGCACGAUAUGCGUGUCCAUCCUUACCAAAGGAUUGUGACCGCAGACCGAGGUUAGUUUAGUUCUGCAGUUCUUGUUUGUAAGAAAUGCUUUGAGUGUACAUGAGAUUUGCAACACCACAGCUGGUUAACCAAAUACCAUAUUUGACCCAUUCAUUAUUUUUUCCUCAAAAAUCUAAAUAGUUAAUAAUUUAGAGCUUUGAGAAUGCUUGCAGUUUUAAAAACAUUUUGUAAACUUGGCUUUCCCAGCUAAAUGAAAUAUAUAAACUAUGUGAUAUAUUUAAUAUAAAUGCUAUAAACCAGUCCCUUUUUAAAACUAUCCAUCUGCUUCAGGAAACACUAUGAAUUCAGUACUGCAAUAAUUAAUUUGUUUCCCCCCAAGAUUUGUUCUUUUAAUUGGUGUGGAAAUAUCAGAUUGGUGUUGCAAAAUAAAAUGAAUGGGUGGUUGCUUAAUGAGAAAGAAGUAAAGGAAUAAAUGCCUCCUGUCUGUGUCUGGAGAAAUCUGAAGAUUUAGAUUUUCCUUUUUUCCAAUAAACUUUUGAGCCACUGUACUGUAUAUUUUGAGGAGGAUGCAUGUUCUCAGAUACCUAACUGAAUUCAGAAAAGCAAGGGCUGUGAAAAUAAUACUUCAAAAGUUGUUUGAGUUUGAAUUAAUAAGGGCAGGAGUGGGGGAUGUUUUGGUUUUUUGCCAAAAUGGAUUUCUUGGUAUUUGUCUUUUGCUGCUAAAAUGUGUAACCUGAAGGAGAAGCAACUUUUGAAGUCCUGUUGGUGAGAUGACAUCCAGUAUUUGGGCAUCUCUCUCUAACCGUUGAAUGGAAACUAAAUCUUCAUUUUUCUCCUGUUCCUCAAAUGUAAUGCCUUUGGACCCCUGAAUGAAGUAUUUAAGCUUAUUCAGAAAAGUGAUAUUUUCGGUUUAUUGACAUUGGCCUAGGAAGCAGUGGGGGCUGAGCACAGAACUCCUGAAUUCUUAUCCCAGCUCUGCUGCUGACUUUCUGUGUGUGUUUUGGCAAGUCAUUUAAUCUCUCUGUGUAUGUUUUCCCAUCUGUAAAAUAAGGAUAAUAAUACUUCCCUACCUCACAGGGGUGUUGUGGGGGUUCUUGUUUGUACAGAGCUUUGAGGAUGCAAAGCAUUAUGUAAGUGCCAAGUAUUAUUAUUCUGCUCUCAUCAAAAUCAGUGUUGUGCAGGCUUCCAUGAUAUUGUAAUAUUCAAAAACUAUGUUCAGGUGACACAUCUCUUAACAUAGACUACACUUCACUUCUGCCAACCUCCUAUAGAUUAACUAAGAGACAGAAUACAGAUUUUAGUCAAUACAGUAAAAAUGCCCCUUCUGAAUACUUGUAGUAUUUAUAUAACACUUUCACCUUUCAUAUGUAGGGAUCUCAUGCUUUAUGAAGAAGUGUAAAGCUGAUGUACAGACACUACUUAAGUUUUCUAGAAAAUUGCUUCUUCUUUUAUGUUGCCUCAUGCUAUUACAGCCCAUAGGCUUGUUCCUGUUUCUUGAAGACUCUUCAAUGGGCAGCAGGUCAUAAUCAGAAUAAGCUCAUAGCCCAUAUUUACCAAACAAACAAACAAACAAACAAAACCCUAUUUUCUCUCAGUAGCAAUGGAUAUUAAGGAAUUGCUUAUCUUUAAAAGUUUGGCCUCAUGUUGCCAAAUUCAGUUUUUGCUAAUGGUCUUUCUUGAUCUGCAUGUGGUAGGCUUCAGGGGGCAGGUAAAAACACCUAUUUGUUUAGUUAGAUAUUUGCCAGAGACUAGUAAAUACUGUGAUGAAGCACAGGGGUUUUACUUAUAUGUUGUUUCAUUUCAUCAUUGUAACGUUUACUUACUUAACGCAUAUUUUAUUUUUUUCUGUGAAGGGCCUAGAUGUUUCAUUUGGGGUUGUCACUUACAAGUCACUGAAAAUAAUUAUUGGUACCAUUUCACUCCCUUUUAAAACAUCCCCAUUUUCUGAUGAUACAGUGUUCGUAUCUAGUGAUAUUAGAAGUCCACUGUAUUUAAAAAAAGAAGAAAUGCACAUAGAUUAUCUCCUAUGGAAUGAGUCAUACAUUCCUCUCUAUCUCUUUGCAUGAAAACCAUGCCAGUUAUUUCAGAUGAACAUUAUUUUAAAGUAUCAUCUAAAUUAUACCAGAAUGUAUUAAGAAACUUACACAAAAUUUUAAGAUUGUACUUCGUUGUAUUUUGAAUUUUGAAAGACUAGAUUAUCACUGCACAUAUUUAACAGUUUUAUGAAAGGUUUUAAAGAAAAUACUGUUCAGCAAUAAAACAGAUUUUUUUUAAUGUGUUAAAAUUUUGUUGUAGAAUUAAAAUGCUAUCAAUAUUUACUAUAUUCACCUAUUGGGUUAUUCUGUCAAUUAUAUUUCUAUAACUAUAGCUAUGAAAAACAAUGUCAGCAAACCGAAAUACUACUUUUUCUUCAAUGUAGAAAAGGAUUUUUUUAUAUAGUUAAAUGUCACAAAAAAUAUAUAUGCAUUCAUUGGGUCUAAAGUUAAAAAAAAAAAAAGACUUCUAAGUUGACUUUCAGAUGACUUUGUAGUACUACUGCAUUCACUUCUUAAGUAGGUUUUAUUUUAUUUAACUAUUCUUUGUGUAGUUGGGUUUUUUUUUUUUUUUUUUUUAGAGAUAAGCACUGCAUUUAAAGCAAGAAUCUCCAAAUGUGUAAAUGUUUUACAACUAAGCAUUUAGAAUUGGUGAAGGGCUGACAAAUAUAGCUCAUUUUAACUAAGAAUAAAUCCCCAGUUUAUAAAUAAUACAAAAUUGAAUUUGAUUCAUAUAACAGAGAGACUGACUGAUUUACUUGUAAUAAACUGUAAAUGGUGUUGCACAGUUGACAAACCUGUGUGUACUGUAGAAGGCCAGAGACUUGGCAGAGGAUGUAUCACAGGUGUACUGGUAUUUUUAAAAGGUAGCUUGCUUUGAUUAUAAACUCCACAAGAAUUAUUAAUGCUGAGGAUUUUCUUGAAUGUUCUAUCAAAACCAACUGUCACAUAAUUUAUAUAUAAAUUUUAAUACCAUUUAAUCAAAAUUGUAAUCACUAUCAAAAAUGCUUUAAGAGUCUGUGUUUCUAGUGUACCUGUAAAGUGGUGAGAUUGUGCCACAUUAAAUAUUUAUUUUUAUUUUCGCUUAUUUUUGAAACAGCUGUUUUAAUUUAAGCAAAUCCCACUUUAGCAUGAUUUUGGAGAAAUUCAGGGAACAUGUUGUCUCAUUUAUGCUACAGUAGUGAUUUUUUUUUUUUUUAGUGUUUAUAAACUGUAUCCUAAAUGAUAGGCCAUUGUUAUUAUGUGAAAGUAAAUCAACCCAUGAGAAAGAUUGCUAAAUCGAUCUGUGAAUAUUACAGCUACUGGACUUCAUUUUAUGAAAUGGCACAAAUCUGACUUUGCACUGAAUACCUUUCUCACUUUCAUCUCCUCUGCCUUAGUCAAAAUGGCAACAGUACAAAAACUUUAUCAACCUCAGAAUUUAUUAGCUAUAAUGAAGCUGUUGAAUGAGUCUUAAAAAAAAAAACAAAAAACAACAAAAAAAACCAUACUACUGUUAAGUGGACCAAGUUUGGUGAAGGAGAAUGUGAGAGAAUGAUUAAAGAAGGAACAGCUCAAGAACAUUGGGAAUGACAAUUUUCCACUUGAGAACUUUUUUAUGUUUUACUGUAAUUUGUUUGUGUUUUGGGAUUUUGUUUUUUUGUUUUGUUUUGUUUUUUUGCAAAAGAAAAUAGUAUUUACAGGUGGCUUCUUUUAAAAUAUAAAAAUAUAAAGCAGGAAUGUAUAUGAAAUGUCAGAUUUUAUUGUAUUUGCAGAGUAUUAGCUUUGAAAAUGAAUAAAGAGAGCUGUUUGUAGUUUUAAAAUGCCUUAUUAGUAUCAGUUAGAUAUUUUCUCUAUUUUUUGAUGUACUUAGAGCUUUUUAAGUAUAGAAUUUAAAAUGGCAGGACUUUUACAGUGUUUACAUGCAAGUGCAUUUUAUAAGUGUCCUAUACGUGUAAAAUAGUAUUUUGAACAGGAAAAUGCUGGCUCGAGUAGUAGGCUUAGCGUUUUCCGCGUUUCCAUGAUGAUGCCUACACUGCUAGACUACAGUUUAGUAUUGCUUUGUAUCAUGAGGCCAAGAAAUUCCAUGUUGUUUGUAAAUAGAUUAAAUGAAAGGCAAUAAAAAAUUUAUUGAACAAAAAAA